UUGCGCAUGAGAAUUAUAAAUUAAAUCGGUAAAAUGGCGUCGGUAGCCAUUUCCACGGCGCUGAAGAAAAUAACAGAAUUAAGGGUUGUUGACCUUAAAUCCGAGCUUAAACGACGAAAUUUGGAUACAUCGGGUAUUAAAAGUGUGCUACUCGCCAGAUUGAAGCAGGCUAUCGAGAGUGAAGAUGCAGAAACGGGCAGUGUGAAGAUACUAUCUCCAGUAAGCACACCUACUCGUAAGAUUGGAAAAGGCAAAGGAAGAAAAAUUGAUUCAGAUUUGGACACUACUGCGGAAGAUGAUAUGCCUUCUAGGGAGACGGAGGGAUACGAGUCUGAGAAAGAUGUAACAGAUACAGAUGAUGGUACACAAGAAAAUUGUAACCCUGCGCUCUGCGAGGAGAAUUCUUCUCAGCCUGAGCCCGAACCCGAGGCAACUGCCGAACCCGAGGCUGAACUGGAGACGGCAGGCGCGGUCGCCGAGGCCGAUUCAGAGCCGGAGGUGGCAGACGCUGACACUGACGCUGAGCAAGAGGUGGAUGCGGAUGUCGAGCAAGAGGCUGAGGGAGACUGCGAGCCACAAGUUGACGACGAGGCGGACGGCGAGCCGCAAGUCGACGACGAGGCGGACGGCGAGCCGCAAGUCGACGACGAGGCGGACGGCGAGCCUGAAAUUGAGUCUGAAGAUGAGAUGGCUGCUGAAGCCAUGGAUUCCUCAAAAGAAGCCGAGGACGAUCACCUGUCUGUGUCGAUCCAAAACGAAGACGCCAUCACCUUAGAUGUUGAUGGCGACGAUCUUCUGGACACAGGUAAACAUGUGAAACUUCCAGAUUCAGAGGCUGACAAGGGCAACGAUGAGCCUGAGGCCUCUGCCGAGAUGAGCACGGAUGAUGACAUGAAAGCGGAAGACAAAGAUGGUAAGCAAGAUGACGGAGCCUGGGACGAGCCCUCAGUGGACUGCAGAGAGGCCACGAAGAAACCUGAAGCCGGAGAUAACGAAAAGGAUUCUGGGAAGAAAGGCCCCUCGUCUACUGGGGUAUCUGGUCAAGCAAAGAGCUCUUCAAGAGACAGAGAUGGAAAAGCUGCAAAGGACAAGGCAGUGGUCGGCGGCAGCAGCAGUAUCAGCUCACCUAAUAGUGUUUGGGUGAGCGGCCUGUCCCUCAACACGAAAGCAGCAGAUCUGAAGAACCUCUUUGGCAAAUACGGCAAGGUUUUAAGUGCAAAAGUCCUAACAAAUGCCCGCAGUCCUGGUUCAAAGUGCUACGGCCUGGUGACCAUGUCUUCCACUGCAGAGGUGACUCGUUGCAUCUCUCAGCUGGACUGCACUGAGCUUGAUGGACAACAAAUAUAUGUAGAAUGCGGCAAAAAUGUCCCCUUCACAAAAGAAUCCUCAAAGAAUGAAUCGGAUGACAAAGCAAGUACCAGCAAGUCAAGUGAAAAGCGCAGUUCCUCAGGGACAAAGUUGUCUAACAAAUCGCAGCAACCUUACAAGAAAGAUGAAAAAUCUGGGGAGAAGGACAAAGAUUCAUCCAAGGAUACCAAAAGUAGCAAAUCUGAUUCCGGUGCAUCAAAUUCUGCCCAAGGUUCUUCGAAAAGAGAUGACAGACCCAGCAGACGGUCAAGGAGUCCAGGUGGUACGGCACAGGGAAAUCAAACCAAAGGAAAGUCAGAUUUUCUCAAAACAAGACCUUUCAGGAAGACGAGAUAUGUUGAGAAGCCAUUUAUUCAAAUGCCCAUGCAAAAAAGACCCAAAUGGCUGAUACCCCCUGAAGAGUUGGAGAUGAUUAAAAAUAAACAGCGCUUCCUCAAUAAAGGAGGUGAAUUUAUUCCAUUUGCGAAGAUAAAGGAGCAGAGAAUGCGUGAACGGAAUGAGCGUGCCCGUAGAGCCACGGAGAUGCGCAGACAACGCGAAAUGAUAGAACAGGCACGCCGCGCGCGGGAGUGCGAAGAGCGUGAGAACCUCUUUCGUGAACGCCAGAGACUGGAGAUGGAAAGACAGAAGCUGGAGAGGGAGCGCUUUGAGAGAGAGAAGCUUGAAAGGGAGAGAAUCAGAAUUGAACAAGAGCGGCGGAAAGAAGCAGAACACAUAGCACGCCAGCAGGAGAUCAGACGACAGCAGGAACAUCUCCGCUGUGAGCAAGAGAAGAGAAACCUCAAAAGAGGCCGUGAUGUGGAACAAGGCCGGCGAGACAACACAUACUGGAACGGCAACAAGAAGAUCCAAUCAGAUGUGUCUGAACCUCGUCUCAACCAAGGCGGCAACUUCAACCAGCAGCAGAACCGCUUCUCCAACUUCAACAACCGCCAGAGGGGACGAUUCCCGCAGGCCGCCGUCCAGCAGGCCAACACGUUUGAUAGACGCAACCGGUUUGACGGUGAGCCGGAAGCAAAGAAAAGCAGGCCCUCUCCUCAGCGAGACGGCGCCAGCUUCGAGCGUUACCCCAAGAACUUUGAAGGGGUACGCCGGGCCGAACCUUCGCGCACCAACCUCCGCGACACAGAUCGCAGAGAUCGAGACGAGAGGCGACCCAUUCAGAUGCAAAAUCGGCCGAUGGGAGCCAGGAUGUCUGGCGUAACCCAAAUGCGCUCUCCCAGGGACGGAGGCAACGCCUGGAAGAACAAUGGCGGCAUGAACGCAAAUAAGGAUGAGUUACGAGGAGCCAUCCGCAUUCGUGCAGACCGAUCGGGCCGAGACGGGCCGGGUCCCGUUCUUAGAGGGGGUUCUUCAACUAGCCGAGGAAGAGGCUCUUUUAAUGAUCGGGAUGGAGGAAGAGCCAUGGUGAUGAAUGACCAGGCUUUCAACUCUGGUCGCCGGGUAGUGGUGGAGCGUCACGGUAGAGAGCAGGGAAUGAGAAAGGAGUGGCAAGGUGGCUCAAGUUCCCGAGGAGGAGGAAGUGGCGGAGGAGGCUACAACAACCGCAGGAUGAGCGACAGUCGCGGAAGCUUGAUGUCUCAGUCUUCAGGUCACUCAUCUGGUAUGAGUCGCAUCGUCCAAAUCACCAACAGUUCCGUUCCCAGCGGCGGCAACACUGGCGGCUUCAAGCCUUUCAAAGGAACGCGGCAGUUCUAACAACAGCCAAUGAAAAAUAAGGACACUCUGAAGGGUUUUAUUUUUUAGAAGUCUUAGAUUAACGCUGGGGUUGACAAUUUGUUUUAUUUUGUACAAAAGUAUUCUCCAUCGGGUUUUCCUGACAUUUCCGCUUUGUGCACAAGUUGAAUUGUAUUUAGGUUAUUGUAAGUCUUUGUAACAUGUUAAUAUUUUCACUAGUGAUUGUUGCUUUUCAUGUUUAACUGCCAUCGACGUCGAUGGACAUCCAAUUCAUUUUGACUGUGUGGGCCGACAACCAGCCCCUUCCACUCAAAAUGGAUGUCUAUCGCCGUCAAUGGCAGCCAGAGAGAUAAUGAAGGCAAUUCAUGUUCUCUGUUCCCUCUCCACAUUUACGAACUAGUGUGCUGUUUUGUAAAAUUCUGGAAUGUGAAUGCUUUGGAAUUGUUACAUGCCUUUGGAAUGGUUACAUGCCCUAAGUUAGCAUAGCUUUUCAUAUCUGUCAUAUUCCAAUGGAUAAAUAAAGCAUCCAAACAUGCUACGUAAAUGCUCCUUUAAUGUUUGUUGCUUAAAAAUAAGAACACAAAACGAUGAUUGGUCUUUUAUUGACAAUUCUAAUCAGGUUCAAUAUCCCUCGUCUAUAAGGCAUUUAGUUAAAUAUACAUACCGGUACACAUCACCAUAUACAUAAUGUGGCUGCAAUGUGAAAGGCUACAUACAUUAUUUGGUCAUUUAUGUAAAUGGAUGAAAUUAGCACAAAUGAGUCCUGUUGUCGACAAGCGUGUGCUGCCAAAUAUCUGAAGGGAUUGGACAGAAGAAAUGAAAGGAACGGGGGUUUUAACAAACAUUUCUGGUAACAUUUGAAU